AUGAUCCAAAUUUCAAUAUCUGUCCAGGACUAUGCGUCAAUUAACUUUGCGAACACGAGAGCACAACUCAUUAAUGAGAAUGUCGAUGAAGAACAAGCAAUUCAAUUACUCAGGAACAUAUGGCAAGCUAACAACGAGACAGACAAGGUCUUGUGGCAGCAGCAGUUAGCUGAGGACAGAGAGCAGCGGGAGCAUGCACAAAGGAUACAAGAAGAUGAACAGGAACGAGUCAAACAAGAACGCAUCGACGAAGAAGAUGCCGCACGCAAGGAGGAAAGGAAGAAGAAUAAACAUAAGUAUAUUCCAAUCCUGGACACUGGGCAUUCCAGACGAACCACUGAGGCAUCAAUCAAGAAGACUAUAGAUGAUGACGCCAUGGUUCUAUCAACCUUGGCGGACGGAUCUACAGCCUGGAUCUCUUCGGCAUCAGCGCGUAACUGCUAA